UCCAAUGAGUUUGUUUUUCUUGCAACAUUUUCAUUAAUUAUUAUUGUUAUUACUUAAUAGAAUUUAUUUAAUGUCAUGCUAAUUAAACAUGACAAUUGACCUAAUCAUAUUAAAGUGUUAAUUAAGUAAAUGGUAAUUAGACUGUGACAAUUAAUCAUCUUGUAAAAUUAAAAAGGAAAAUGGGUUUGGCUUUGGAUAAUUGAGUUAAUUGAAAGGGUUAAUUGUUAAUCUAUAUUCUUAUGAUUAAAUUAUUAUCAUUUUAAGUGUUUGUGUGGCUCUAUUGUGGUGUUUUUAUUGAUGGUGGUCAAGGUCAAGGCCCAAUUGGUAAGGUUGAAAGAGAAAGUGUUUUGUUGUCGGUCAGUAGACACGAUUGAUCGGUGGACAAGGAGAGAAAGUGUUUCAUUGUGUUUAAAUUACUGUAGAUCCGGUGUUCCAAUCGACUAUUAUAUUGGUGCUUGUUGACAAUUGUCUAUUGUGUCAUAUCGAUCUGCUGUGUCAACAACAACAACUCAUUGGAAUUACUUUGAAUCAGUGAGAAAAAGAAAGGAAAAAGGUUACAAUCAAUUCUGAUCAUUUGGUGGCUCUUUUUUUUCUGAUGGAACCUUUUGUUCAAUGUGAUAAUUGAAGUGUCUGUUACUCCGAUAUAAUUGUGAUCAUCAUAAUCAACUAAUCGUUUUUUUUUGUUUCUGAUUACACACGCAAAUUGUAUUCUCCUUUUGUACUUACCUAGUCAACUGUUUGUUUUUGGAAAUUUUCACUUUCUGUUUCUCUCAUUGAGAUCACAAAAAAUUGUGAGAAAAUGGGAUUUACCUCUUGGCAACCUCUUUGGAGAAUAUUCUUAAUUACUUUUGGUAUCCUUUUCUACCUUUCCAAUUAUCUAAUUGGUCUUAAUGGUCUCAUCAAAUUGGUUGGAAUAACAUUUGCUCUUCCUCACAUCUCAUGGCAAAUCUCAAAGAUUAUUCGAGGCUGGUGUCAACUCACCUUUGUCUCUCCCCUUAGUAAAGCCGUUCUCAUAACUGGCUGUGAUUCUGGUUUCGGUCAAAUGGCUGCCAAAGCUUUGGACACUUAUGGUUUCCAUGUAUUUGCUGGUUGCCUUCAACCUAAAGGUUUGGGAGCUCAAAAGCUUUACAAGACCACAUCCAAUAGAUUGAGAAUAUUAUCCCUUGAUAUUACCCGAGAAGAUGAUAUUGAUGCAGCAGUUAAGGAAAUCGAGGAAUCCGACCUGACCCUUUGGGCAGUUAUUAACAACGCUGGAGUGAUUGAUUAUGGUCCACUUGAAUGGGAUAAUGGUUCCAGCCGAAUCCGUAAAGUUCUGGAUGUUAACCUAUUCGGAGCCAUUCGUGUGAUCAAUGCUUGUUUACCAUUAAUUAGACGAUCAAAGGGAAGAAUUGUCAAUGUUUCCAGUGUUUUUGGUCGAUUCACCCUGAAGGGAUUAGUUCCUUAUUGUAUGAGUAAACAUGCCUUGAAGUCUUAUAACGAUGGACUGAGACGGGAACUUGAUGAUUUCGGUGUAAAAGUUGUCUGUAUUGAACCUUUAUGUUACAAAACUGAUAUGACCAAAGAUGAAAAGAUGGACGAAGAUCUAUCAGCGUGUUGGAAAGUGACCGGCGAUGAGGUGAAAACCUUUUAUGGUGAACAAUAUAAAUCGGAAUUAAAAGAUUCUCUUUCCAAUCAUUUUCUACUCGCUCGAACUGACCUGAAAGAGGUUUCCGAUGUGAUUGAAGAAGCGGUCACAGCUUCAAGUCCACUUGAAUUUUACCGUUGUACUGGACCAGUUGAUGGUUUUAUCGUUUGGCUUAGUGAACAAUUAAAUGAACAGUGUCUUGAUUUACUUCUCAGAGCUUCUAAUUUAAAAAUGAUUGUCCGAAUUGUCAAUUUGUUUUCACCUAAACAAAAAGUAAUUUAAUCAACUCGCCCACUUGCACCUUAAACUCAUUGGAAAGAAUAAUUUUCUCCGGGAAAUCACAAUUACCUUGAUUUUACAAUUAAUUUUCUAUCAAUUCCAAUUCUAAUUAUCUUCAUGUUUCUGCUUCUUCUGCCAUAAAAUCAACAAUAUCACCAUCACCUCUCAAAGAAAAACAAUUAACCAUCUUCGAAUUGAAAAGACACAACAACAAUCAAAAGACUCAUCAUUCUUUUUCUUGCCUUGAUCAUUGAUCGUUUUGCUGCUAAUUAGUAAAAAAAAAAUCAAAUUACAAACUUUUUUCUCUCCCAACAAUCAAGAUUUGAAUGAUUACAACUAAUUGGAACCGAGAUGACAGAGAAAAAAAAAUGGUAACAAUCAACUUUUGAUGAUUUGCCAUUUAAUCGUUUGACCAACAAUUUGAUUCUAAUUGCUGAACGUUUUUGCUGAGCUUCUCCAACCUUGGAAAUUAAACUAAUUGAAAUGAAAAAAAAAUCAAAUUUCUUCGUAUAGAUUAACGAAAACAAUUAAUUCUAAAUGAUAAUUAAAUUUCUUUGUACAAAAAAAACUUCUAUUUCCUUAUGACAUUAAAAACAACACAGAAAAAAAAGAUAAACACAAA